AUGCGCCUCACAUCCGCCCUCACAUUGGCCGUCUUUGGCACCGGCGUUCUCUCCUCCCCAGCAACAUCCCCUCCAGCUCCACGAGCGGCUUCGCUGGAGCCGCGUCUGACCUCGGACGAAUUCAUAAUGUUUGAUGUAGGAGAAUGGGGCUGUGUGAGGGGCCAGUACGACGAGAGCGAGUGCGCGAAUAGGAAGGAUGAUGAUACAUGGAGAGAGUGCUUCAAGUGGGCCGUCAGAGCAUGUCCGAAUAAGAUAUUGCUGGGGCCCUACAGAGAGCAGAUGUGCGGAGGCCUGUUCAGCUUCGAGCACACCGAAGUGGUCAAAUAUACGAGAAAGAAGUGCGACCUCGUCCAGAAGGCUCUCACCGAGGUCAAGAAUGGAGGAGGGGAGUGGAAGAAGAUAAUCAAUUAG